CCAUGGCCAUCACUGUCUCUGUCAUCCUCGGCUCGGUUCGCCCCGGCCGCCAAGGCGUCCGCGCUGGCGCAUACGUCCAGGCCCAGCUCGAGGCCCUCGGCGCCAAGGUCCACCUCAUCGACCCCGUCGCGCUGGACGUGCCGCUCUUUGGCACGCGCUUCGACUACAUCCCGGAGGCCGACCGGUCGCCGGCGCUUGUUGAGCUCCACGCCAAGUUUACCGAGAGCGACGCGUUUGUCGUCGUGACGCCCGAGUACAACCACACGUACUCGCCCGUCAUCUCGUCGCUCCUCAACUACUUUUACCACAACGAGUUUUACUACAAGGUCGCCGGUAUCGCGUCCUACACGAUGGGCCCGUACGGCGGCGUCCGCGCGGCCAUCCAGCUGCGUCCGUACCUCGGCGAGCUCGGCUUGAUCACGAUCCCCAAGAUUCUUCCGUUCCCGGCCAUCCACGCGCUCCUCAACGAAGACGGCUCGGUCACGGCCGGCGCGGCGGGCGCCGACUCGUUGGCGGCCGUGAGCAAGGGUUUCUUCCCCGAGCUGCUCUGGUACGCGGCCAACCUCAAGGCCGGUCGCGCUGCCGGCACGCCGUAAGUGUUGAUAGACGUCUUUGAAAGCACUAGUACGCAUGUAACAUGAUUUUCGUAUACACCAUUAAAUACUGCAAAUCCAACCUUAGCUUUUGUGACAUGCAGCGUGG